AUGACACAAGACCACGUGAUUUCCCUAUCGGGAGUCCGCAGUGAAUUUGCUUAUCAAACUAUUCAAUUUCAAAAUCCUCUACUUUCUUCCCAACUCACCAUUGUGAUUCAGAGACAUUGCGGAUCUGGAACUUAUUGCUCCAAACUUUUAGUCUUGGACCAGCCUCAUAUUCCCUCAUUGGAGUCGCUUCCAGCAGUAGAGCUGCUGCUGGGGGGCUUUGGAUCAUUUGGAGGCUUCUCAGGUACAUUUGGAAGUGAUGGACGUGAACCGUCUUCACUGACGUACAUUGCCGAACCCCCGGAUCUUUCACGCAUCUUUGACCAACGAUUGGUUAUUGCAUUCAAGAAUUUGCUCAAAAAGGAUGAAAUCACACGAACAAAAGCUCUUGAGGAACUCAAGGACCAUAUUUCCACAGUUCAACAGAAGAAGGGAACAUUAGAUGAUGGCUUCUUGGAUGCCUGGGUCAAAAUUUACCCCAGAGCUUCAAUUGAUCUUUCAAGAAGGGUAAGGCAGCUAUCUCACGUUCUACAAGGCUCAAUCUCCGGGCUAGUAGGCAAGAGAAUAUUGCCUCAUCUUUCCCGGGUCAUAGGUGCAUGGCUUGCAGGCAUUUAUGAUAAUGACCGGCCAGUUCAACGUUCCGCCCUAGAAUCAUUUACUACUGUCUUCUCAACAGAAGAGAAGAGAAGCAACGUAUGGAAGAUCUACCAGAGCUCUACAUUGGAUUUUAUCGACGAUGUCCUUCUUCACCAAACACCCUUGACUCUGAGCGAUGAGCGAACAGUCAAGCGGGAUGAUGCGGAAGCGAAAUACUCGCGCGUUGUUGGAGCUGCAUUGAUGCUCUUCAACCGGAUCUUAGGAAAUUCACCAGAUGACGAUCUUCAGCGCAAUAUAGCUGAAAUUGAGAAUUUGCUAGGUAGCAAGUCUCUCUGGGCUUUUUGCAGUCACGAGGACCCCUUUGUACGACGGUCUGUUUACAUUGUUUUACGAUCAGCUGUCUCAAGAGAGCCUGCUUGGAUUGAUUGGAAAUUGAUUAGCUCGGCAAUCAUUGGAAAGGCACUCUCCAUUUCGCAGCUUGGUUCUGCUUCUGAGCUAUCUGAGUCCUUGCUCAUUCUGACUGCAUCAAGACCACAGGUCUGGACAGAUGACUAUACCUCAAAGACUUCGGCGUCCAAAAGACUGCGCCAAUAUAUUCAGAAAGGCUCAGAGGGAGGUCUUGCAAACUUCUGGUCCAACCUGGACAAGCUGCUUCGUUUAAUCCCACGAGAGGUCCUCGCUGGAGCCGAUAAAACCUCAACCGAUGAGACAGUAAAAUUAUCUAGCGCAUCGGCCCUGACAGAAGCUUUUCAAGCGGGUCUCAACUCAAGAGAGGAGCCACGUCAGAAUCUGAUUACUGGAUGGAAAACCUAUAUUCGGGUUGCGGCGUGGCUGGGAAUUCUCAUGCCUCAGGACCAAAGAGCGGAAUUUGUCGAGAAAAGGAUGUCCCCCUUAGUUGCACAGUAUGUGCGACCUGACAUCGAAAUGACCCAGUGGUCACUUCCAUCGCCGUCUGCGCAGGAGAUUUGCAGCGAUUUUCUCCUUACUGUCAUUUCUCAUGAACAGAGCCACCAGCUUGAGCCGCUGUGGACAAAGUUGUCAAACAACUUACUGGAAGCCGUGAAGCUAUCAUCACCUGAACAGUCAAAAGACUUCCGCUCCUCCCAAGACGCAGUGUGCGCCGAGGCUCGACGUUUCCUCAGUUUAGAGCCUGCAGUUCUUUCAAGAGUCACGGACGCACAUUGUGAAAACCAAGCCCAGAGCAUCUUUGAAUCAUCAAACUUAUCUCUUCUUGAAAACUGUCUUGAAGUGGUCCGUUCUCGUAAAGGAAAGCCGUAUGGAGCUGCUGGCGUUGUGGAGGAAUGUGUCCGCAAUAUGCCUUCCGCUGCGAAGGGAUCCCAAGAUCUUCUCAAAUUUGUACAGAAUGAUGUAUCGGAGCUUCUCUUUUCACCAUCAGGCGAUCGACUCAUUGCCAUUGUUAUGGAAUGUCGGGAGUGGGAUGGGUUUGCUUCCAGUUUCGAUAAUGUGGUUGAAAGGGCCAUGGAUCUCGAGCCGGAGCAGUCGAAUGCACAUAUCCUACAAACCCUGCUUUCCAACCUUGAUUUCAACGAGCUGGGAGAUCAAACCAAGCUCACUUUGCUCGUGAUGCGUGCCUUAGAUAAGGCCUGCCGGGGAAGCUCUUCUCACUGGCAGAUCAUCGCAUCUGUCCUUCAAAAUCAAACUUCUCGGGGCCAAUUAAUGGAUAAGAUAUUCCUAUCUAUUGUUGACAUUCUAUCCCAGGAAGAGAAUAUUUUGGAUGUAUUGCAUGGUCUAUCUCAUCUUGGGAAGACCGUUCCCUCUGCUAUCAAGGACUUUCAGAAUGGACCCAAUGGCUCAAAGUUGACCGGAAAACUCCUGUACCUCACCGAGUCGCCUUCGGAAGAGGUAGCUACCUUGACCGAGUCUCUGAUUAGGUCCUUCAAGGAAACAGUUGUUGGUGAUUCAAGCACUGCCUCUAAGAUCGAGAUUUUACGUCAUGAGCUCAGCAACGCAACAGAGGAAUCCUUAUCUAUCGAGGCUCUUCUUGCAAUCACGAACGAUUUGAUUGAAGGCAUCAAGGAAGAUGGAGAUUACACACUCAAAGAUAUCUUGCCUGAUUCCAAUGUCUGGGAGAAAGCAAUGGCCCCUUUCCUUCAACUUCCACCUAGACCCUCAACAACAAUAACAAGUCCCCUUAUGGGAAUUGUUAAUUUGACGGAACGAGAACUUUCAGAAACAUUGAAGACAUUGUGGCUUGAGGUUCCUCGUGAUUCCAAUCGCUGCACUGUUGCGUUCCGCCUGGCAGCCUUCACCAUCAAAGUCUUGUCGAAAAUCGAUACCACAAUGAAGUUGGAAAGUGCGGACUUUGAAGUCGUCAUUUACUUCUUGCCUUUAGUCAUUCAAUUGAUCGAUGAUGACUUGAGCAUUGAGAACUGUAACGGGAUUUCGGGCCUUGAGCUCGCGGAUCAACGAGAGGAGUAUAUGGAGCUUGUGUUUGAUGGACGCAGAUUGAUCAGCAAUUGGAUCUCUACCAAUGGACCGCUGAAAUCUUUACCUGAGUUCACAGUGUGCUCAUAUCUCAUAUCUUUCUGGGAGAGGAAGCUAGAAGAGCUCAAUGGAACGUCUCCUGUGGACUAUCGCGUGGGACAGUCUUUUGUCAAAUUGAUGACAUCGGCGGAGUCACUCCAAGCUCACAAGUCACCUGAAGACGUUGCCAAGAUUUGCCGGGAAUCACGGAGUGCCAAUGGAAUACGCUCAGCAGCAUGGUUUUCUGUGCUACGAAGCUCCAUUUUAGCCAAUUCCGUGGGAACCCGAAUCUGCAAUGAAUUAGUCGCCGAUUCAACGGGCCUUAAGCCCGAAGAUCCUUCUUCACAGGGACUUCGAAAGCUCGCGCUUCUGAACAUCUUACUUUGUGGCGAAGAAGAUGUGGUUUCGGCCAUUCCUACUCAACGAUUGGUCUUCCUUACCAAAAAUCUCAUCGACUGCCUUAAGUCAGAGAUGACGUCUCUUGGACUCAGAGCAGAGAUCUUGCAAACACUAGUUUUCAUUCUUCCUGGACUUGCUGAAAUCUAUGGCUCACACUGGGAAGACAUUACCGAGACCUUGAGUUUUGUUUUCCGCGAGGUAAAAGGAGGCGAAGACGGCCUUGCUGUGCUUGUGUCCUCUUUCCGACUUUUUGCUCGCUUUAAAAAGAUGGCUGAAGGUGACAGCAAUGAUGACCUUCAAGACGUUUGGCUGGAGCAUAAGACCCGCCUUUCUAAUGAAUUGGUCUCCACCAUUGCGAAAUUCGAUGCCUCGACCACAUUCCACCAGCCUCGAGAUAUCGCGGUUGAACUUCUAUGUCGCUUGAUCAAUACCAUCCCAAUUGGUAACAUCGAAGACGUCAGUGGUGUCUUCCAUCUCCUCACUGCUCACAGCCGCUCCGUUCAACGAACAGCCUACACAAUUCUUCAUCGUUAUAUCCCUCAAGCUCAAGAACAGGUAUCAUUCGAUGUUGCUCUGUCAAAGACAUCGGUUAGCCUGCCCGACGAGUUAAUAUCUCUAUUGCUCGAGACGCCGACAAUGAAUACGGUUUCAACUUCGUUUGGAGAUGACAAGAUGUGGACCAGUGUGAGGUCAUAUCUUCUUAGCUGGAAAGUGGUAUUCGACCACUUUUCUAAUGCUUCUAUUCCGGUACAAGAGCACUAUGCGACAAACAUCAAGGAGAACAACGUCUUGAUUCCGCUGCUCGAGUUCAUGUUCAAAUUCCUUGAAAAGUCACAGGGUAAGCUUGUUGACGCGUCCAAGCUUGAGAUCCAGUCUUUUGAGCCGGACAACUCGGAAAAUGCCGAGAAGGAAACACAGUGGCUCCUAGUGCAUCUAUACUACCUGUGUUUGAGGCACUUGGCGAAUAUGACCAAGAACUGGUGGAUUGAUACACAGAAACGAAUCAAGGGGCCAGUGGAAACCUGGACAGAGAGAUAUAUCUCACCAUUGGUGGCCGACGACGCAAUUCGAGGCGUUACCGAGUGGGCUGCCACACAGGAUCCCAACGAAGAGCGAGCCCUAUCUGUGAAGAUGUCUCCGCGAACAGCAGAAGUCAUUGCCAGCAUUCCAGUGGAUGAAGAAUCCCCCCCUGUUUCAAUUUCUAUUUCCCUUCCCCCAGCAUACCCUCUUCACUCCGCCGUCGUGGUUGGCCGCAGUCGUGUCUUGGUUGACGAAAAGAAAUGGAAGAGCUGGCUGCUCACAAUCCAAGGUGUGAUUAUGUUCGCCAAUGGAAACCUGGUGGAUGGUUUGUUGGCAUUCCGGCGAAACGUGCAGGGUGCUCUGAAGGGACAGAGUGAGUGUGCUAUCUGCUACUCGGUUAUCUCGACCGAUAUGCAGACGCCGAAUAAGCGAUGCGCCACUUGCAAGAACACCUUCCACUCUGUUUGCUUGUUCCGAUGGUUCAAGAGCAGCAACCAGAGCACCUGCCCGUUGUGCCGUAAUAACUUUGUAUAUGUUUGA